AUGGAGAAUACAACACCACUACUACAUACCGUGGACAAGUCGGCACACGAAGAGAAAUCUAAUAGCUUGUCAAAUCCAAAAAUAACUUAUGAAAUUAGCGAUAAUCUUGAUGGUUGUACAGAUAUUCAGGAUAUAUUUCGAAAAAAAAUGUCAUCAUGGAUAUCACGAAGUGAAGAACGUCAAAGACGUCUACGUUUUAUUAUUCAGGAACGUCGUUAUCGAAAAGAAGGAGAUAUGAAACGAACUGAAGUCUUACAUUCAGUUGUAUCAAAUAAUUUUUCAAAACGACCAUCUAUAUCUCACUUGGAUCAGUCAUAUAAAAAUCACUACGGUAAUAGAAUUCAUUCAAAUGGUGAUAGUGGAAUUUGUUGCAUUGAUCGUUCAGAUUGUUCAAUUGUUCAAUCUGUACUAACAAACAGAAAUAAUAGUAAUAAUUAUAUUAAAACAGCUAAUUCUGACAAGGUUCUUAAACGUAAUUUCAUGAAAAAUCCCAGUCGAAAGUCGCAACUUGGUGUUAGAUAUGAUCGGAAACAGUUAGUACAAGAAGAACAUCGACCUAGAUUAUAUCAUAAUUCUAUACAGAACCAAGUUAAUCAACAAAAAAUUAAAUUGGCCCAAUUACGUGUUAAUCGACUCCGAAUGAAAAUAUACAGUGAAAAAAUUCUACGUUCUGUACUUCAUGGUAAUUCAUCGUCAAUAAUAUUUAAAGAAAUUUGA